AUCGUCUAUCAAUGCUUCUUGCCAAAUAUGUUGAUGAUGUUGUGAUGAGUCAAAAUACUCGUGCAAUCAAGUCACGCAAAGAUUCACUAUGGUCUCUGGUUGAAAAGUUGACAUUCGUCUUUAACCAUCCGAAUCCUACAGAGCAUUAUUUGUUCGAAAAUGUACCAGAAAUUAAUGAAGAGGGUAUUAAAAAUAUUCUUUCUUUUUAUGAAACUGGUAAAUUACGCUUUCAAGAAGUGCUUGAGGAGGAUGUAUAUAAAACCAAACCUCAAACUUCUAAAC